UACUCUUCAUCCCCCCCAGAGCUCAGCGUUGGGUUUGUCUCCUCCCCUAACUUAACUCCAGAUGCUCAGUCUCCCCUCAGCCACACUGAGCUCACAACGCCCCUCGCUUUUCACCUGGUUCUCCUUUAAGAACCAACGGGCAGAGAGCUUCACUCAGAGGUAAAACACAAGUGGUCCAACAGGCACCCUGCGGACUCUGAACUUCCUACUGCCUUUUUCCUCUCUCUGGUGCUUUGGGCAGCAGCCAGGAGAGAAGGUAUCCAUCCUCACUCAGCUCAGCCUACCUCAGCUCUUUACUCACCGCGGAUACAUUCCUAUGGAGGAGAGGAAGACCUUCAUGCUUUAAACCUCUUUAAGCCUGUUUAUUCACUUUGGCUGCCGGUUUUUUAUUUUUAUUAUUAUUUUUUUUUACGAAUUCCUGGAAACGUCUGAACACGGGGACCAAGCGAGGCUCCACACGGCUCAGGUGGACUACUUGACACACUCGUGACGUUGAAACCGAAAAGAAGGGUAGAAGUUGCGAGAACUUUCUCUGCCGCUGUUUCUUGUUUGUUGUUUUUUUUUUGUUAUUGUUUGCGCUCGAGCGCCGUUCGUCAGCCAGUAGGCUGCUGUUGCCAUGCAGUUGAUGUGAGCAGUGGCGCCAACCUCGAUUAGCAACGGUGCAGUUUCACCAUUUACCACGAUGAAGGACGACUUCAAUGAUGAGGAAGAAGUGCAAUCCUUUGGCUACAAGAGGUUUGGCAUCCAGGAGGGGAGUGAAUGCACUAAAUGUAAGAAUGACUGGGCACUGAGAGCAGCCAUUGCGCUCCUGUAUGUCCUGUGUGCCUUGCUUACUAUAGCCGUGGCUGUCUUAGGAUACAAAGUGGUCCAGAAGAUGGACAGUGUGACUGAAGGGAUGGAGAACUAUGGAGGUAAAAUCAUGGCUGUGGAAACAGACCUAAAGAAGCUUGAUGAUCAGACAGAAGAGAAGUCAGAGAACGCCACGACUGAAAUCCUGUCUUUCAAGGCAGAAAUCCAGACGUUACAGAAGCAGCUUAACAACAUUGCCUCAACCGCAUCCACCAACAGAGCAGCUCUGGAUGAACUGCGGCUGGCAGGGGAGGAUGUGCAGAGUGGCCAUGUUUCCUUGAGGGACCUUCUGGAGAGCAAUAGUAACACCAUCCGCAAUGUCAACCGUACUUUGAAUGCAUACAGUAACCUGAUUGGUGGGCUGAAGACAGACACAGAGCGGCUCCAGUCUGAGCUGCAAGAGCAGAUAAGAGAGCAGAGCCAAUCCAUCCACAGUCUCAACACCCUAAAUUUCACCCAGAGUCAACAGAGGAACCUCAUCGGCUCCCUGCAGAGGUCAGUGGAGGAUGCCAGCCAGGCGGUCCAGAAGCUGAAGAACGACUACCAGAGUCUGCAGCAGACAGCCAGACAGACCAAGGUAGAUGCCGACUGGCUCAGGGAGAAGGUGCAGAACCUCCAGGCUCUGGCAGCUAACAACUCUGCCUUGGCCCGCUCCAAUAGUGAUGCCAUUGAAGACGUAGCUUCUCAGCUCAGCUCACUAUCCGAACAGGUCCAGAAUGUCUCAACUGUCACUGAUGGACAUGACCAGAACCUACGUGAGCUUAUGGACCAGCAAAGGGACCAUGACAAUGCUACCUCUAGCAAAUUUGAUGCUCUGGAGGCCCGUGUGGACCAGAAUGAGGACCAUAUGGACCGUAUCACUGGCAAUGUGAGCUUUACCACGCAGCUCCUAGGAGCCAUCAGUGCCGACCUGAACGGCCUCCGUGGUUGUGCCGAGACGGUCACUAGGCACACGGAUCUGCUGCUGACCCUCAACAGCAGUGUCUUGGAGGCCAGGACUGACAGCACUGAGCUCAAAGCCCAGCAGGAGGAGCUCGCCGCCAGGCUCGAUAAGGAAGUGAGCAGCCUCUCCAUUGUGAUGGAGGAGAUGAAACUGGUGGACAGCAAACACUCACAACUCAUUACCAACUUUACAAUCCUGCAAGGUCCACCAGGUCCUAGAGGUCCUCGGGGGGAUAGGGGACCCCAGGGGCCUGCAGGAAAAACAGGUGAGAAAGGCCAAACUGGGGAAAGAGGUCCACCAGGACUGCCAGGACCUAAAGGAGACAAAGGGUUGCAUGGAAUUCCAGGUGUUCCUGGCUCGAAAGGUCCACCUGGACCAAGAGGAAAUCCUGGAUCAAAGGGCUCCAGAGGAUCAGGUGGUAGGGCUGGGCCUCCAGGGGAGAGGGGUGACCCUGGUUUACCUGGGCUUGCUGGUAGAGAUGGUCAGCCAGGUCCUCAGGGCCCACAAGGCCCACCCGGAAUCAGAGGGUUAGCGGGACCUCCAGGACCACCUGGAUCCCCUGGCCCUGUUGGCCCCAUUGGUCCACCAGGGCCACCUGGACUACCUGGACCACCAACUGGACCUCCAAUCCAAGUAGCUAAACCUCUGCCUCCUGUAGGACCCCAAACCUCAGUGUCCCGCCAAGUCCAAGAGCCUGUUCCCACCAGCACUCCAGGAUGUCCUCCUCAAUGGAAGAGCUACAAAGACAAUUGCUAUUACUUCUCUGGUGCAUCAGAAAGACUUAAUUUUGAUGAAACAAAAGAAACAUGUAAAAACAAGACCUCUUCUAUGCUCAUUAUCAAUGAUGAGGAGGAGCAGCUUUGGAUACGGCAGCAAAUUGCAGGAAACGGUUAUUUCUGGCUGGGUCUUACAGACAUUGUUGAGGAAAACAACUGGAAAUGGGUGGAUGGGAGCAUUCCCACUUUCACGAAGUGGAAAACAGGCCAGCCUGAUAAUUGGAACCAUGGGCACGAAGAAGGUGAGGAUUGUGCAGGUGCUGACUGGCAGGAGAAGAGGACACAGCUCAUACAUAUCUUCUUGCUGUUCUCGUUCACACCCCCGGCAAUGCCUCUUUUCACGUCCAAUCCUUUUGAUCAAGAUGUUGAGAAAGCGACGAGUGAGAUGAACACAGCUGAAGACUGGGGCCUUAUACUGGACAUAUGUGAUAAGAUUGGGCAGUCACGGACUGGGCCUAAAGAAUGCCUCCGCUCUAUAAUGAGGAGAGUCAACCACAAGGAUCCCCAUGUAGCCAUGCAGGCACUGACAUUAUUAGGUGCUUGUGUGUCAAACUGUGGGAAAAUAUUCCAUUUGGAAGUGUGCUCCAGAGAGUUUGCCAGUGAAGUCAGCAAUGUCUUAAACAAGGGACACCCGAAGGUCUGCGAGAAGCUGAAGGCCCUCAUGGUAGAAUGGGCUGAGGACUUCCGGAACGACCCCCAGCUCAGCCUCAUCUCUGCUAUGAUCAAGAACCUGAGAGAGCAGGGCGUAACCUUCCCUGCUGUUGGUUCACAGGCAGCAGAACAAGCUAAAGCAAGUCCUGCAUUAGUGGCCAAAGACCCAGCAACAUCCUCGAACAAGAAGGAGGAAGAAGACCUAGCCAAAGCGAUCGAGCUGUCGCUGAAGGAGCAGCGGCUGCAGCCGCAGACCUCUCUCUCCGGGCUCUAUCCCAGCGCUAACAGCCUCCUCACUUCACACAAACCUGAGGGCCGAAAAGUUCGGGCCAUCUAUGAUUUUGAGGCAGCAGAGGACAAUGAACUCACUUUCAAAUCUGGAGAAAUCAUUACCAUUCUGGAUGACAGUGACCCUAACUGGUGGAAGGGUGAAACAUAUCAAGGUGUGGGGCUCUUUCCAUCAAACUUUGUGACGGCAGACCUGACGGCAGAGCCAGAGAUGAUGAAAACAGAGAAGAAGACGGUGCAGUUCAGUGAGGACAUUAAGGUGGAGACUAUUGAACCGGAGCCUGAGCCGGUCUACAUAGAUGAGGAAAAAAUGGACCAGUUGUUACAAAUGAUCCAGAGUGCAGAUCCAACAGACAACCAGUCAGAUAGCUGUGAGUUGCUCCAGCUGGAAGGUGCCUGUAACCAAAUGGGCCCACUCAUUGAUCAAAAGCUGGAAGACAUCGACAGAAAGCACUCAGAGCUAUCUGAGCUUAAUGUGAAGGUUAUGGAGGCACUCUCGUUGUAUGCCAAACUGAUGAAUGAAGACCCUGUGUACGCCAUGUAUGCCAAGCUGCAGAGCCAGCAGUACUACAUGCAGCAGCCCAACGCCUCCCAGCAGGUGUAUCCUGGCCAGGUGGCUGCAGGGCAGUAUGCAAUGCCUGGUCCAGGUGUGCAGGGCUACAACGUACCUGUGGAGCAGCUUCCUCCCAUGAACCAGGUGGCCACUGCCAUGUCAGGCCAGCCAGCACCCAGUGAUGUUCAUAUGUAUAUGGGCCAGCCUCCAGUGUACAGCGCUGCUCCGGGCAGCAUGCCACCUGCAGACGUGCAGGCUUACCAGAACACAGCCAGCGGGCCGACAGGCAUGGCCCAAAUACCCAGCUACAGUGCCCCCGUCACUCAGAGCCUAACCAACCCAACAGACACCCAACAGACCCCUUACCCGGAAAAAGCCCUGUUAUAGGACCCAUAGAGACUGCUCUCCCAUCUCCUCUCAUUCACACACUACGAACAAAGAGGCUGUUCAUGCAAGCUGACACUAAAACAAUAUGACUAAAGGUCGCAGGUACAGACUGAUCAACAUUCAGUUAUUCUAUACAUUCUUUUUAAAAAGUAUCUCUUCUUUCUCAAUAACGCAUCCAGACACAAACACUAAAUCUGACCAUUUGUGAAAAGAUGCCUAGUAUUGACUACUGACUUAUGUUGUGCAAUUUGAGAAAAAAAAUCUUUCUCUCGCUCAGAAUAAUAUUCAGUCCACUGAAGCAGAAAAGUCAACCUAAUCUCUGUCUGCCACAUCUGUAUUGGUUGAUCAUGGAAGACAGUAAUUUCAGCAUAUUUCCAUGUACAUAGCAAACACACAAAACAUUUAACUCAAAACGGAUGAAGUAGAGAUGUCUGAAUAACACUGUUUUGUUUCUGAUACUGAUAUUUAAACCAAGAUUUUUCAGUUGAUGCACUUUGAGAUGAGCAUCUAAAAAUAACCCUGUCAUCUUCAAACUGCUCAGACACUACUCAGCUACAGGAAGAAAUACUAAACUAACAAAGUAACAUUUCGGGGUAGAUUUGUUGCCAGAUUGGAUCAGAUUGUCUUUUUUUUUUUUUUUUUUCUCUCUGGUAUCUCAUCUAGCAUUUUCUGCUAAUAUCCCUACCCAUCAUUACCAAUAUGCCAUCUCUAAAGAGGAGCCAAUGGGCACUUGCUUCAAACAAUGGGCAUUCUGUAUUUUAAUAAGUAUGGUCACAUGUGUCAGUUAUUAUCCAUGGAAAUCAACCUUAUGUUGCAGCAGAUUGAGAUUAUGUUGAAAAAUGCUGUUCAUUUAAGCCAGUGGUCAUCAGUCCUGCUUCUGGACAUCUUCCAACCUGUUACUGUCUUGUUCCAUCCAUAAUGAGACACACGUGUUCCAGCUAAUGAUCUUUACGGAUACUUGAUUUCUGUGGUAUCACAGGCUUGUCUAGCUUUUCAUUGCUUAACAUUGACGACUGUUACUUGCAUGUGCAUGUCACACAAAAUCGAGUCUCUGAACUAGGCUCUAUCCAAAACAAACCAGCUACAAAAAAUGACAAAAUCAUAUAUAUAGUAUAUUUCGCUUAAAAGCUAUUACAUUUUUCAAAGAAAAUGCUUGAAUAACUCCAAAGGGCUCAGUUACUCCCUAUCAGCUGCUUUCGUUCAUGUGUUUCCUUUUGGACACCUGAAUCGUGAAGCACAGCUAGUCAGAAUUGACAAAAGUCCUGACAGUUAUAACCAGUUCAGUUUACUAUACACAUCUGAUGCCCAGAUUACGUGUGGGCGAAGCAUCUAAGGCUGGGACUAGCGCCGUCUUAAUAAGGGGCAUAAUGUUUAUAUAUGGGUCGGAACAAAACUGUGCAGGAAAGUAGAUGUACUGGAGAAAGGCAAGUGACCACCUCUCUAAGCUAACUGACCCUUCCAGUGGUGUCUUAAUUCUCACUAAAGAUUAGAACCUUGUUGAAGAAAGCUCAUGAAGAGAGCAUGCACAUGUUGUACAUACUUUUUCCCUUACUGUUAAGGAAGUCUCAGUAGUUGCAGGCAUUCGUUGCUGCGGGGGUCUGUAGGGGGAGCGGUUUGUUUCCCUGUUCUCAUUGCUGAGCUUAACCAUGUAUGUAUGAGAGUUUGCAUGUAUGGGUGCAUUCGGCCUUCAUGUGACUUCUUUUUAUCAGACAGCAUGGUAACCAUUCUGCCUCUCCCCCUGGACCGUGUAGCACAGAACCCCCAUGGUCCCUGACAGAAUGGUGCAGUCCAUACAACAAAUCCUCUCCCCGCAGUUCUGGCAGGGUGGUACAGCCCAUCUUCCCAGUGUCUUGAAGCAUUUCUUUAUGACAGUGUUAAAUCGAUACCAUUUUAUUUAGUAGUGUUUGUAAUUUAUUUUGAUUGUCGUUUUAAAUGCACUGUACUUUAAAACGAGAAAAAAGGAAGAUAUUCUGCCUAAACGUAGAUGUGUAUUUAUGAGAACUCACCUAUGUUGUUAGCGCAGCUGCUGCUUCUGUUAAAAGGGCACAUGGAAAAGGCAGGUAGUAAAUAUUACUCGAUGAUGUUAUGCACUUUUGAUUUACCCUUUUGACUCACCCUCUUAAAUUUCAGCUCACCUUAACUCUCAAAACGUUUCAACUGUAGAAGAACUAAAGUGGCUAAACUGCACUUAACUGUAAACAAUUAGACGCUAACGGCCAGUUUCUUGGAUAUGGGUUAAGUCUAGUCUUGGGACUAAAUGGUGAAUCCCCAUUGAAAAUUCUUUUUAGUUUAGUAUUAGCUGUAAUCUGGGUCUGGGAAACGAGCCUCAACAGUUUUAAGAUGCAUUCAAAGCGCACCUGAAAACCGGCCACAUGGCAUUUGUUUUUUCUUUGAAUUUGUUUUGACUGCGCUGCCUUCAGAGUUGUGAGAGAGACUACAUGCUAAGUUUCACUGAAUUUUGUCAUCUCGAGUGAAGGCUCAGGCUGGAGCUAAAGUCUUGUGAGCUCAUUUGGAUCAGUUGUGAACAAAGCUAGCUUCUGCUCUAAAGGUCACAGCGUCCCAGUUGUGGUCUUGGCCACUGUGUUGUUUUCCCUGCUCCCAACAAAGUUGAUCCAGCUACACAGAGCCUAGUUUCCCCAAAGCAUCUUAGAUCAUUUUACAGCUGCACUUUGAUUUUUUUGUUAAAAGUGAAAGAAAUGGCAUUCUUGAGUCGAGGGGAAACGAAGCAUGCUAAAAUAUGGUGUCUGUCAACAUCAUAAUGAAAAAUAUAUGACGACAGUAGUAGAUAAAUCACAUUGUUGGAAGACAUUCACAACUUUUGACCGAAUUCUCUUUGGCCCAGUCCCAUUUCUUCCUUUUAGCCCUACCCCUUGUUUUUGAGUGUCAGCCGCACCCUUUGGCACGGACUUACAAAGGGCAGUGGUUUAAAUCUUGCCCAGUGAAAUUGGAUGAUCCUAAAAGGAAAAAAAAAAGCCCAACAUUGCUUCAUUAACAGGCUACUAGGCUAUUCUAUAGGUGACCCGGCCCGACUGAAAGGAUA